GUGAGCAGCACUCUCAAGUAACAGCGGCCGCGGGACGAUGAUGAUGAUGAUGAUGAUUAUGAGGAUGAUGAUGUUGAGAUAAAGGAUACGAGACUCAAAGAAGAACAGAGGCUUUCCCAUUGACAGGCCCGUGAUGCCGAGAGCGACGCCGACGCGGCAGACGCACCUGUGGACGUGAGAGACCACCUGUAAACACCACCUGACCUGGGGGACCUGCCACCCCAAUGGCAGUGGCUAGCGAGGACCCCCACCUGGGCGUGGGGCCCGACCCCGACCUGUCCGAGUGCUCCCUGGCCGGGGAAAGCGACGACUCGGGGAGCGUCCUGUCGGAGGACUCGGUCCUGCCGGCGUACGAGCGGGAGGAGCAGCAGGGAGGCCCCAUCAACACCCUGUACCAGGCCUGCAGCAGGAACGCACCUGCCUCUCUGAAGAGGAUCCUGGAGCGCGGAGUCACCAAGGAGGAGGUCAUGGAGCUGGACAUCAACGGCAGAAAUGGACUGAUGACGGCAGUGGCCAAAGGCCUCAUAGACAUAGUGAGCAUACUCCAUACGUGUCCCUACAUUGACAUCAACCACCAAGACAACGACGGACACACAGCUCUUAUGCUGGCAGCACAUUCAGGUUUCGUGACCAUCCUCAACUACAUCCUGAACUAUUAUCCUGGAGUGGAGGUGGAGCUGAUGGACACCAGAGGCUUCACGGCCCUGCUCAAGGCAUCCAUCGCGGGACACAAUGAUUGUGUGUCCACCCUUGUGAUGGCAGGAGCCGACGUGAACGCCGUGGACGGCCACCAUCUGAAGGACGCGCGCGACUGGGCCCUGAAGACGGGCCACUGGGAGACCUUCCAGCGCAUCCGGCGGCUGGCGGCCAAGCCGCGCGCCGACCAGUUCUGCGACAGCUACGUGCCCGAGUGGCCCGACCUGAAGGAGCUGGUCGCCAAGGCAACCGCCCCGCGGAGCGUCGGGCAGCGCGUGGCGCACAAGCUGCGGCAGACCUUCACCUUCACCUUCCCUCAGGACCCGCAGGACGGCGGCGUGCUCGACAGCAUGGUGCGGAUGACCAGCAGCGUCCACAGUCCCCUGAUCGCCACGGGCUGCCACCCGCUCUGCCCCACCAGCCCGCCCGAGGUGGGCAAGCGGCGCAUGGCCGUGCCCGAGCUGUCGCAGGUGCACUCGGGCAAGGAGCUGGAGGGCCGGACGCGCCACAGCGCCGACCGCGCGUCCAUGUCGUCCGGCUCCUCUGGCUCCUCGGCGGCCUCCGCCUCCUCCGUGUCGAUGUCGUGCGCCAACGGCGUCAAGACCUUCAUCCCCAGGAACGUGGGACGCCGCAACAGCGUCUUCCCCGCCGGCUGCAUCCCGCAGAUCCGCGUGACCAAGUCCAGCGAGCCCACGCCCAAGAAGGAGAAGAAGAAGAAGAGGUCCAAGUCCAAGACCCACCUGGAGCCGCCCAUCUGGAAGUACAAGGAGGCCAAGGAGGAGAAGAAGAAGGAGAAGAAACGGCUGGAGAAGGAGGCCAAAGAGAAGGAGAAGGAAAAGAACAAGAACAAGAAGAAGUAAAUAAACGAGACAGUGCCAUCGUGGCAACCGGCCAGUUGUUUGGAGCACACCUCUUUAUGCUGCUGGGCGGCUCACAGCGAUGCUAGCGGACCUCCCUGCCAACUAGCAUUCGUUUGUUUUUGCACUGUUGUUCCAACACACAUGGCUUCUGAAUGGAGAUACUCUGCUGACUCUUUUGAUGUUACAGAGUCCUCAGGCCAUGUUGGCAGUUCUGCCCUGCACUGUGUCGCAGUGUGUCCACUACUUUUGGGGAGAGUGACAUGUACUGUACAUGUACCACUGUACUGGCAAGGACUUUGUGGCCAAA